CUCAAAACCAAAAUCCGCCGUCACAGAAAAAUUCAGAAAAAGAUGUUGCUUUAGCUUUUAUCAGAUUUAUGUUUUAGCGAUUUUCCCAGAGAUUUUGUUUCAAGACUCAGAUUUCGAACAAAUUAAUGUGAUUCCGUAAUAGCGUAAUGGCUGCUACAGCUGGAAAGCCAUUUUACGGGCAGUUGGUGAUCGGUCCACCAGGGAGUGGGAAAACUACAUACUGUUUCCACAUUGCGGAGCUCUUAAAAAGCGUCUUCAACCGCAAACUAGCCAUUAUCAAUCUGGAUCCUGCCAACGAGAAGUUACCUUUCGCUGCUGAUGUGGAUGUGAAAGAACUCGUCUCCGUGGAAGAUGCGAUGGAGCUGGAGAAUCUAGGCCCCAAUGGAGCGCUGAUGUUCGCUGUCGAGCAGAUGGAACGCGACGUGGACUGGCUGAUAUCUCGCAUCUCUGCUUUACGCGAUACCCACUAUUUCCUCUUCGACUGCCCGGGACAAAUUGAAUUAUACACCCAUCAUAAAUCGUUCGAGCGAAUCUGCCAGCUCCUCAUCAAGAAAUUCGAUUUUCGUCUUGCAGCGGUGCAUCUGGUGGAUGCGUAUUACUGCAGCGAUCCAGCCAUGUUCAUCUCCGUGGUGCUCACUGCCUUGAGUGCCAUGAUGCGCCUGGCGCUUCCGCACGUCAACGUUCUCUCCAAAAUUGAUCUCGUGCACAAGCUGGGCAAGUUGGAUUUCAUUCUGGAUUAUUACACUGAUGUAAUGGAUAUGGAGCAUCUGGUUGCCAGACUGGAUGAUGAGCCAUUCGGGAGGAAAUACGCCAAGUUGAGUAAAGCGAUCUCCGAGGUGGUGCAGGGCUACAGCUUAGUCAGUUUUGUUCCCAUUGCCGUACAGGACCGCGAGUCGCUUUAUAACCUGGUAAAGAUGCUGGAUAAGGCCGUAGGAUACUCGAUGUCGGAACUGGAAGAACGACAAGUGCGCCAAACGAUGGCGAAUUUGCCAGCAAAUGCGGGUGAAUUUGAUUACGGUUUAAUUAGUAAUAUGGAGGAAAAAUAUAUUUAUGCUCAAGACGAUGAUUUUCCUGAAGACUGAAUGAGAGCUUUCGGGGUUCUGAUGACAAAAUUAACAACUGCGUUCUGUGAUAUUUUAACUUCGUCAUAUGGACAACUGGAUUUGCUUAAUAAAACUGGAGAUAAAUUCUUUCUUUUCGUAUUUUAUCGAUUUUUCUGCGGCAUUUACUUAUUUGCAUUCAUUUGUUCCUUGUGGAGCAAUAAACAUAAACAAUGGGUAUAAAAUUGACUAUUGAGAAAGUAUUUUUAAAGCGGACUUUUUGUAGAAAUAGGUACGCGUACUUAAGUGACAUACAUAAAAGUGGAAAUCCGUCUGAUAGUUCAACACUGUACAACACAGUCACUACACAGUGUACUUGAAGUACAGUAUACAGAGCAUCCAGAUUCAGGAGACAGAAUCGGUUGAAGUAUCGUUAGCAAAGGUCGUGUUACUAGAGCCGGUAUCCGCCAUGUCGAAAUAUUUUUGCAGGAUUAUUGGAUCACGGGUCGUACUGACAACUUCGGGUCGAUAUUUAGCAUGUAUCUUUUCGAAGAAAUCUUGUAGCACCCGCGCCGUAUCCCAAUGCGCGCUCAG